UGCUUUGCCGGCCGGCCGCCUCGUCGAUUUGACAGUUCUCGUCGCGUGCUUCGUUCGUAGUUGCCGUGGUGAUUUUUUCGAUUUGAAUUUCCCGCAGUCGCGUGUGAUUUUUCCGGUGUUUUCCGUCUCGAAAAUGGCCACCAUGGCCGCGGUUACGCGUGUGAAACCCCUGGUAGUGAUUCUCGGCUCGACCGGCACCGGGAAGACGAAACUUUCGAUCGAGCUGGCCCGGCGCUUCGGCGGGGAAAUCAUCAGCGCCGAUUCAAUGCAAGUUUACCGUGAUCUGGACAUUGUGACGGCGAAAGCGACCAAAGAAGAGCAAUCGCAGGCCCCCCAUCACCUGCUGGAUGUUGCCACGCCGGAUCAGGCCUUUACGGUGAUCCACUUCCGAGAGCGAGCACUGCCAAUUAUCGAUCGUCUGUUGGCCGAAAACCGGAUGCCCAUCAUAGUAGGCGGAACCAACUACUACAUCGAGAGCGUCCUCUGGCAGGUUCUGGUCGGAAGUGGCAUCCGUCAGGAGCGCGUCCGGCGUCGUCGCGCGUCUGACGAACUCCAGGUGACAACUUCCGCCGGUGAAGAAGAACCCGAGAAAAAACCAAAACUGACCCGCGAUGAUACGCCUUCGACCAGUGGAACAGCAGCUGCUGGUCGGCCGGAAGAAAGCAAAAGUGAUGACUCUGAGAACGAAAGCGAAUCGAAGCGGAUCGCGAAGAAAGUGCGUACAAAAGAAAAAGAAGAACGCGAAAGUGAAAUUGGUGAAGGUGGUGAAGAUUCGAGCCGAAAACCUGAAGCUGCCGCGAUAGCAGCAGCUGAUCAGGCGGAAAAAGUGUUGCUAAUGACAACGGAACAAAUGGAACAACUCGAGUCGACGCUUUUGCACGGCGUACUGCGACGGGUGGAUCCAGUCACUGCCGAUCGUCUGCAUCCCAACAACAAGCGCAAAAUUGUCAGGGCACUCGAGGUAUUCCAGCAUGAGGGCCAACCGCUGAGCCGUAUCCUGGAGGAGCAACGCGGCCUCUCCGAUGGCUGCAAACUGGGUGGACCACUGCGGUACCGUAACGUUGUGUUAUUCUGGCUUCGCUGCGAACAGGAAACGCUCAAUGCCCGACUGGACGCUCGAGUGGAUUCGAUGGUGGCGCAAGGCCUACUUGCCGAGAUAAGACAGUUCUACGAGCGCUUCGUGAAACCCUACGAGGAUAACGACUUCCAUCAAGGCAUUCUGCAGAGCAUUGGGUUCAAAGAGUUCGUCGUUUACCUGGAGAAGUACGAUCGGGAACACGAUCAACUGAUCACCGACUAUAUGCGGGGACAUUUGGGCGCGGAAGGAAGUCCUCCGGAAGGACUGCCAUUGCUCCAGAAGUGCCUCGACAAUCUAAAACUGGUGACGCAACGUUAUUCCAAGAAGCAGAUAAAAUGGAUAAAUCAUCGAUUCUUGGGCAACUCACGUCGGGAGGUUCCCCCGAUUUACGGGUUGGACACGACCGACGUCGCCAAGUGGAAGGAAAAUGUUUACACCCAAGCCGAACAAGUGGUCGAAGCAAUCCUGUCGGGUGAAACACCAUCGAAGCAACCGCUGCCUAAGAUGACCACCGCGCGGGAAGGUUUGAACGAGGAAACUUCGUUCUUUUGCGACACCUGUCAGCGCACCAUAGUAGGCGAGUACCAGUGGCAGUUGCAUUUGCGAUCCAACAAGCACAAAAAAUGCGUCCAGAGUAAAUCCAAGAAGGCGAAGCUGUCGGGUGACGAUGGGACAACGUAGGCGGUGGAUUUGCCGUCAGAUGUCACGUGAGUAGUAAUUUGCUUGAUGAUUACGCAAUAGAUUUUUCAGAAAAUAUUA